AAGAAUUCACUUACUAUAAUUCUAUUUCUUUAUUACAGAAGUAGCAAAAUGAAUAUAAUUGUAAUAACUUUUGCGGUCACGCUACUUUCUAUAUUCAAAUUCCAAAAUACUAAUGCUUCUAACACAGUAUCUUUGCGGGUGUAUGUUAACGAAGGAAAUGCACCAGGGGAGGUUGUUGCAGACAUGUCCGAAAUAUUUGGCUUACUUUGGAAAGACAGACUCGAUCGUCACUUCAAACUUCUUAAUCAGAAAAUAGUUUCAUCGUCGUCAUUUAAUUUGCCCACUUCGCUGCAGCAACGCCCUCAUGCAGUUGCACUUGGUGCUUCUAAUGGACUUAUGACCCUGCGUAGAGUCGUGGACAGGGAAGUGGAAUGCGGCCAAGCGAAGGAAUGUAUUAUAAAAGUUCAGGCCGUCAUGCUUCCACAAAGAGUUUUCUCUCUUCUGAAUCUUGACAUUGUUAUAAACGACAUCAAUGAUAAUUUGCCCAAAUUCCCACACAAACCAAUUGUACUAAAUGUGAGCGAAAGUACAGCAUUGGCAGAACCUGUCAAUCUAGACGCAUUCCAAGCUCGUGACCUUGAUUCAGGUAACAACUCCCGUAUUUCGUAUUCUAUUUCGCCAAGUAAGCCGUUUGAGGUCCAACAAGGGGUUGAUGAGGCGGGCCGACCUCAUUUACAGUUGCUUCUUAACGCUGAAUUAGAUUAUGAGACAAAGUCGGUUUACCAUUUGACCCUUCACGCAACUGACCACGGAAAACCCGCAUUAUCCAAUCAAGUUACUGUCAGAAUUAUGGUGACUGAUUCGAACGACCACAGCCCUGUGUUUUCCACAAGCUCUGAGUUGGUGAUCGAGUUGCUGGAAAACCAAGAGCCUGGAAUUAUUCAAACUGUUCAUGCGACUGAUAGGGAUUCUGGCGAAAACGGUCGAGUAAGAUACUUUCUUGGGGACGAACCACAAUCUGUCUCCCAUCAGUUGGUUACUGUAGAUGAAAAUUCUGGAGAAGUUACUUUGGUCAGAAAUCUUGAUCGGGAAGUUCACGAUGGCAUGAGAAUUCUGAUAGAAGCACGUGAUUCCCCAGCGACCAAUCAGCGCACGACUCGCAUGUGGUUGGUUCUUCGUGUUGAUGAUGACAAUGAUAAUGCUCCAGUUAUAAAUAUGAACUUUAUUGUAGAUGCUGACGGCCAAACAGCAUAUAUAUCUGAAGCAUCUCCUGUCGGAACAUACGUGGCCUACGUUAGUGCUACUGAUGCCGACCAUGGAAAAAACAGCGAAGUAGAAAUUUCCAUCAAGACAUUAAUCAACGGGAACUUUGUAUCUUCCGGACAUUUUGAACUAGCAGCUGAUGGUUUGAUCGGGACGGGUCUUGAGUUAGACCGGGAAGUCCAGAGCAUUUACAAAGUUGCUGUGAUUGCAUGCGACGCAGGGGAUAAAAUAAGGUGUUCACGCAACAAUAUCACUGUCAUUAUACUUGACGAAAACGAUCACACCCCUGUAUUUAAGAAGUCAGUGUAUGAAGUUACAUUGUCAGAAGCUGAUGGAAUUGGAACAUCUGUCAUUACUGUAUCUGCAUCUGAUAUGGAUAGCAAGUUUGCACCCGUGUGGACAAAAAACGAGAAUAAACAGCUGGAAAUUUCACUGAACGGGAAGGUUACUUAUUUAAUAGAAAGUAGCGAUAAUACGUUCUCGGUGGAUGCAACGACAGGAGAAGUUACGUUGGUUCGUCCACUGGAUCGAGAAGGUCAAAGCGAAUGGGAGGUAAGAGUUAUUGCACGAGACGGUGGCAAUCCAUACAGGGAAUCUUUUUGCACCUUAAAAGUCACAGUUUCUGACGUAAACGAUAACCGACCAUUGUUCAUUUACCCUGCUGUUGAAAACUCUACUGCACACGCAACAAUACUUCGUGACGAUGUGAUUGCCCGAAUACAGGCGAUUGACUACGACAGUGAGAAGUUCUCAAAAGUUGAGCUUUCAAUGGUUUCCGUGGAUGGCUGUACCAACUUGCAAGGGGUCGAUGGUAACUUGCCAUACACUUACUUUAUCCUUGAUACAAAAACCGGUGACUUGAGGCUCAACAUGAGCACAACUGAUCUCAACGACGUUGUGGGCACGCACAGAAUUAUUGUGAAGGCAAGCGACAAUGGAACACCGCCUCUUGAAAUGAACACCAGUCUCAUAAUAGUGGUGUCCGACACCUUGCUGUUGCCAUCUCAAAUGUACCACGAGAAAGAAGAUGCUCCGUCUGUUCCUGGACUCGCGAUUUCAACCAACUUUCUGAUUAUCGUGAUUUCGCUGGCAUCCGCUACUCUUAUUUUACUCAUUGUUAUCACAGCAGUGGUCAUCAAAUGCAAAAAGGACAAUAAGAAAAUCCGAACAUACAACUGCCGGGAUGCGGAAAGCGAGAAUGGCUGGGAAGAGGGGAAUACUGACAAAGCACAAACAGUGAACAACAGCAAUACCAAUACUUGGUCCAAGUCUGUAGUCAGCCAUGAAGGUUCAUCACAAAUUACAGAGAACGAACGACUAUCGACUCAAUCAACUGAAAACAAUAAUAAGCAAGCGAAAGGGGCCAGGAAGCCAUCAGAUAUCAGUUUAAAUUUUCCUCUUCACGUGUCUUCGGGUCCGAUGUUAAUGACGUCACGACAAGACCCUGCAACGUACAAUGUGACGUCAUCAAUGAUCAGACCACCGUCUUUGCUCACAACGUUUUCAACUGAAGGAAAGAUUGCACAGCCAAGACUGCAUGGUCUUCUACCACACAUAACAUCACAUACGGAUGGAGACAGUGGGCGUGGUGACAGCGACCCGGAUACUGGAAGUUACGAUGUUGUAAAAGAUAUUGAUUAUCUUCCAUCUUAUUCUUACGUCAACCCCGAUUCUCAAAGCAAAAACAUGAAAGCAGUGGUGUCUAAUGGUAUGGGCUCUCGGUGUACCGAUGAUUGCAACAAAUACGGACACAGUGAUGCAUGCUGGAUGCCUUCGCCAACUAAAGGUCAAUAUUACGCAAGUGCAGAUAACGAAGUUUCACGAAGCUCAUGUUACACUCAACCCACGUUCACCCAAGCGAAUAGUGACAUCGACUUCCAACGCGAAUACAACCGAGUUCUUGAAACCAUAGAGGAAACCACUCCUGUGCUCGAGUCGACCAUCGGCUAUGAAUAUGAACCGGAGGUUAUGCGGCAAAACGUGCGCCGUUCCAUCUGUCUAUCUCGUCUUGCAUCAGAGUCACGCUUGCUAUCACAGUCCAGUGAGCCCGAGGUCUACCACAGCGGGGUUCUAAGCAGACAGUACGGUCUUUGGACAGACGAAUACCAGAAGCCAAUCGGCGUUCGACCGAAUUCACUCUCAGCAUCUCCAGCGCCGUCUACCGGCCCCGCGAGUUCCCAUUUAUCCGGCAACUCGUCUUGUCCAUCAACUGUUUUUACACAUUGCGAUACGGACAGUAAGACCUCGUCUAAUAUUGUUGCCCCCAAACCCCAUUACCUAUCCAUGACUUCCCGAGCGUCGACAUUACCUUGCGAAAACAACCCCAACAUGAAAGAAACUCAACAAAUUAUCAGCGACAUCGACCAAUUACUUUCAGAAUAAAACACCAUCAAAAAUAGUUUCCUGUAUUCUGUCUUUUCAUUCUUUAAUUUCGCUUAUAACUCCAAUAUAGGUCUCCUGUCAUUUUUUUGCGAACCAACGUUUCAGUGUCCUACUCCCAGGUCAGGUUCAUCGCGGCUCUAUACGUAUAGGUGAAGUGAAGUCCUACAGCUUCACACGGCAUAUGAAGGAAGAUUUAGGCCAGAGUUGGGAUAUUUCACCUUUUCACAAUUGUUACGUUUAUUUCUUCUUUUGGAAGUGCCUGUAACGAAGAUAUUAUUGUCUGAUGCUUUUUCACGUUAUUUUUGCGCUUUCUUUCUUAACAACAUACUGUGAAAAAUUCUUCAGUAUUUCUAUAAAAAAACAACAAAAAUAUUUCAAAAUUGCUGCGUAUGAAUCAAAUAAAUGCAGUAUUACAGAAA